UAGAACACAAGAAAAUGUGAAAUAACAUCAUUCGUUCGUAUUCUCAAGACCUUUAUUCCAGAAAAGAAAACUUCGCCAUGAUGAAGUGUGCACUAAUUCUUUCUCUGAUUCCGCUGUGCUUUUCAAGCCCAAUCAAGCGACAAUCCAGUGUCAUUUUCUCCCCAUCUGGUUCCCCAGGAUUUGACCCAAAUCACAUGGCCGCUGGAAAUUUUGACCCAAAUUCCCAAAGCUUUGGGGGAUCUGCAUUCAAUCCCAAUUCUAUGAGUGCUGGAAGUUUUAACCCCGGGGCAAUGGCGAGCAGUCAGACGGGAGGCAGCAGUGGAGGGCAAGCGAGCAGCUUUCAACCCAGUUCAGGCGGAACUGGAAGUUUUCAACCUAGUGCCGGUGGAACUGGAAAUUUCCAACCAAGUUCUGGAGGAACCGGAGGAUUUGAUCCAAACGCGAUGUCGGCUGGAAAGUUUGACCCCAACUCACAACCUGUGGGAAACUUUGAUCCAAGCACUUUCGGUAAAAAGUAAUUGUAAUUGAAUAAAAAUGCAUAAAUAUGU